AUGUCAUCUAACACUCUAUCAAACAUUCGGCCUAAAGCUACAUCCUUCAGCUCCUCCGACGGGCGCGAGAAACCAAAAUCUUCUACAGUCAAGCCGCACGCAAAGUACGUGGCCACUGCUUGUGAAGCCUGUAAAAAAGCGAAGCGAAAGUGCGACGGCAAGAAACCGUGUCAAACGUGCGUCGACAAGGGUAAUGAAUGUGUCUUCGAUGAGACCAAAGAUGGCCGCAGAGGCCGCAAGCGAAACUUGGUCGAAUUAUAUGCUAAAGUCGAAGCGUUCGAUGCCGUGCUCGACUCUAUCCGAUCGACCGACGACACAGCGGUCGCUGACCUAAUCAAGUUGAUCCGCGACGAAGCAUCUGUCGAGGAGAUUGCCAGUCAUGCUCGUGGCAUUCUCAAAGCGUCAGCCCCGCACGGCUCUCGCGAUCGAACUCGCACCACCAUCAUGAGCAUCGCCUCCCUCACCGAUGAACCUCCCAUUCGUGUAUCUGCAAGUCCAUGGACGACAAUCACCGAUGACGACAAUUUUGUAUCCCAUAUGAUUUCCGUCUACUUCACUUGGCACCAUGAGUCCUACCCCGCGGUCUACAAGGACAUCUUCAUCAAGGCAAUGAUUGCUGGAGAUACCUCCAGCCAGUUCUGUUCGCCUUUUCUGGUUAAUUGUAUGCUGCUCACAGCCUGCUUAUACAGCAACCACCCAUUGGUCUAUGCCUUCGACAACGAUAACGCUUCCCGAGGUGCUCAUUUCGCAGACGAAGUGGCGAGGUUGUGGUCUAUUGAAGAGGGUCGAGCAUCGCUGACCAACCUGCAAGGGUUGGUCAUCUUGUCGCUCGGUCUAGGGGUUUUGCGCAAAGACCGUCUGGCAAUGACCUACACUCGUCAAAUGCCAAUUCUCUGCAUUGAGCUAAGCCGGAAAGUCAAGCACAGCAUCAAGAAUGGUAGCGCCGACUACAUCUCCCCCGAUUACCAAGCUUCCAUGCAGUUGGCAAGAUGGUCAGCCUUUCAGAUGGAAGUCGACUUCUGCAUGAUCUGGUUUAAGCCGCUGCAGCUGCAUCAGCCUAGAAUCCAGCGGCCGCACAUAGGGGACGAUUUGGUACGGACCGAGGCGUGGCGACCCUACCCCAAGAUUGGCCCGGAAGUUGCAUAUCACCCAUACGGGCUGCGGGAGGCAAAGUUCGAUCUCCGCGAGAUUGGUGCCGAUAUCAUACCGAUCAUCUUGAGCGGUGAGCCGGAUGACAGCCCCGCCCCAGGGUUCAUCUCCAUAAGCAAAGACGAAAGAAUGGAACGGCUUGAUCAACUCCUGCAGAGGUUGACCCGAUGGCAUGCCAAUCUGCCAAGUUAUGCUGUACCCAGUUCAGAGGCCACUCCAGCGUGGCCGCAGGUCGAACUGCUUCUCGUGUACCACGACUAUGUCAUUGUCGUCCACUCAUUAAUGCUUCGAGAUGCCGUUACCGUGGGGUCUAAACGACAAGAAGCGAAGCUCGGCUUGCUAAGAUCCUGUGAAGACAUCACACAAAUCUUCGAAUGGGUGCAACGUACCCUGGGCACAUCGGCUUGGUGUAUCUGGGGAUUCCAGCCUGCGGCCAUGGCAGCGUACCCCCUCCUUGACAUGUUGACCGAAAUCGGAGUCGCCGACACCUUCCACACCAUCAUCGUCAGCAUCUUCACUGUUGCCAAGCGGUGGAUCCUUGCUCGUGGUGUGUUAAGAAUGCUGUGGAUUACCAUCCAGGAGCGUAGAAUCGUCGACCAUCUCAACGGCACGACCAUUCAGUUGUUCAGGGAGAGUGCCGUCGAACAAUGGGGCCCAAAUGACCAUCGCCUCUUCGAAAGCUGCAUCUAUCCCAACUAUGCUGCCAUUGCUAAGGAUGGUCGUGAGCUUGCCGACAUGGGUGAUUUGCUCCAGAAGUGGUCCAGGUUCAAUAUCACAUGA